GAGCUUGUCGGCUCAAGUAGGGGAUGCCAAUCAAAGCUUCAACUUCAAAUUGUAUCUGAGAGAUCAGCCCGGAGACCUCAGGGCCAGGCGCGUCAGUCUGUGCGCAAUUGGUGAUCACAUCACAUCCAAGCGGACUUUGCGCAACCAAAAGAGAGAGGAAGCCGAGAUUUAAGAGAGUCUUGUUUCCACCGGCCGCCACUGCACUUUGUGGACGCUCCCGGCCAGCCGAGCGUCAACCCGGCGGUGGAACAUGUCUUUCCCGCAGCUAGGCUACCCGCAGUACUUAAGUGCCUCCCAGGCGGUGUACGGGAGCGAGAGGCCGGGAGUGCUGACGCCUUCUUCCCGGGGAGGGAGCACCGAAAUCGGGGGCAGUCCCACGGCCACGGCGGCGGCGGUCACCUCGGUGUUGGGCAUGUACGCCAACCCGUACGCGCACAACUACAGCGCCUUCUUACCUUACACCAGCGCGGACCUGGCUCUUUUCUCGCAAAUGGGAUCCCAAUACGACCUGAAGGACAGUCCCGGCGUCCACCCGGCCAGCUUCGCGGCCCACACCUCUCCCGCCUUCUACCCGUACGGCCAGUUCCAGUACGGGGACCCGGCCAGGCCCAAGAACGCCACCAGGGAGAGCACCAGCACCCUGAAAGCCUGGCUCAACGAGCACAGGAAGAACCCCUACCCGACCAAAGGGGAGAAGAUCAUGCUGGCCAUCAUCACCAAGAUGACCCUGACCCAGGUCUCCACCUGGUUCGCCAACGCCAGGAGGAGGCUGAAGAAGGAGAACAAGGUGACGUGGGGGAGCAGGAGCAAGGAGGACGGGGAGGACGUCAACUUAUUCGGCAGCGGGGACGAGGCGGAGAAGAACGACGACGAGGAGGAGAUCGAUCUGGAGAGCAUAGAUAUCGACAAAAUCGACGACAACGACGGGGAUCAGAGCAACGAGGACGACGACGACAAAUCCACAGAGGGGGGCACCGGGGACCACAGGGGCGGCGGGGACGCCGGGGGGGAGCUGGACAGCCUGGAGAAAAGGCGGGCCUUCACCCUGCAGGCCCACGAGGCCUUGGACAAAUCCAAGGGCGCCGUUUCGGUCCACGCGGGUUGCAAAGACAACCCGGACGGGACCACCGCCACCACCAGAGUCCUGUCCCCGGACAGACCCGGAGGCUUCCCCCUGCCCUCGAACAAUAAGCCCAAAAUAUGGUCGCUGGCGGAAACCGCCACGGCCCCUGACUCUUCCUCCCAGAAAGCCACGUCCCCGAACGGUCCGGUGGCCCCCUCCCACCCUCAGAUCCAGGCCCACCCCGCCUUCCUCCCCAGUCACGGACUGUACACUUGCCAGAUUGGAAAGUUCCACAACUGGACGAACGGGGCCUUUCUGGGGCAGAACUCCCUCCUCAACGUCAGAUCCUUCCUGGGGAACCACCAUCACCACCAUCAGCACCAGAACCAGCUGGCGGCCCAGCAGCAGCACCAGACGCAGACGUCGGUGGUGGUGUCCCCGGUCGCGGCCACGGCGGCCCUCAGCAACGACAGCAAGACCCCCCUGGGCAGCCCCAAGCACAUAGAACACGAAAAUGGUCUAAGGUCCGAUUCCCCCCCAACACCCACCCUGAAGCCUUCUUUUCGACCACUCCACGACAGAUCAUCGCUGCCUUCCAGUGCAAGGAGUCCACAAGACGCCACGCAACGGGUCCUCACUGCUCUCUCUUCGGCUUGAUUUUAUUUUUAUUUUUAUUUUUGAUUGAAAAAAAAAGACUUUCCACCCCAAAAAGGACAAAGGAUAAAUUGUGACGCAGCAUUCGGUAAAUCCUGUGGAUGGAUGCGAUACUUCCUCUAUUGUUGUGUAGCCUAUAAUCGAGCCUAUAAUGUUCAUCUAUCUCCUACACUUUACCCGGACAAUUGGGACACUUUGGUAGGCUUUUUACUUUGGUAUUAUUAAUAUUAUUAUUAUUAUAUUAUAUCUUGUGUUUUGGGUGUCCUUUCUUUAAUGUAAAUAUCAUGUGAUUUAAAUUUGUAAAUAGGAAACGUUGAAGGAAUU